UCUGCGGCGGCGAGCAGCCGGGGCGGCCGGGCGGCGGAACGCCAUGCCGUACGCCAACCAGCCCACUGUCCGGAUCACGGAGCUUACCGACGAGAACGUCAAGUUCAUCAUCGAGAAUACGGACCUAGCGGUAGCCAAUUCUAUUCGGAGGGUCUUCAUCGCUGAGGUGCCCAUAAUAGCCAUCGACUGGGUUCAGAUUGAUGCCAAUUCCUCAGUCCUUCAUGACGAGUUCAUCGCUCACAGGCUUGGAUUAAUCCCCCUCACCAGCGAUGACAUCGUGGACAAGCUGCAGUACUCCCGGGACUGCACGUGCGAAGAGUUCUGCCCCGAGUGCUCGGUGGAGUUCACCCUCGACGUGCGGUGCAACGAGGACCAGACCCGUCACGUCACAUCUCGAGACCUCAUCUCCAACAGCCCCCGGGUCAUUCCAGUGACAUCCCGGAACCGAGAUAAUGACCCCAAUGACUAUGUGGAGCAGGACGACAUCCUCAUUGUCAAGCUGCGAAAGGGCCAGGAGCUGAGGCUUCGCGCUUACGCCAAAAAGGGCUUUGGCAAGGAGCACGCCAAGUGGAACCCGACUGCAGGGGUGGCUUUCGAAUAUGAUCCCGACAAUGCCCUGAGGCACACGGUGUACCCCAAGCCAGAGGAGUGGCCGAAGAGCGAGUAUUCGGAGCUGGACGAGGACGAAUCCCAGGCUCCCUACGACCCCAACGGCAAGCCGGAGAGGUUUUACUACAACGUGGAGUCCUGUGGCUCCCUGCGCCCUGAAACCAUCGUCCUCUCGGCCCUCUCUGGGCUGAAGAAGAAGCUGAGCGAUUUGCAGACCCAGUUAAGCCACGAGAUCCAGAGUGAUGUCCUGACCAUAAACUAGCUGUGGCGCACCGGCUGCGGCCCAGGGGUCCCAGCUGUGUUCGCGCCUGUCCUGAGACGUCUUGUUUCUGGGGCCUGGAUGGCGGUUAUCCACACUUCCUGUUGGGCCAUCAGCACCAGCUAGAGAGGUAGCGGUGGGGAAGGCCCCUCCCUGCUUGCCCGGGCACAGGCAGAUUACCAGGGUGACACUGGUAUUUGAGGCCGGACAGUCUCACUGGACAUGCCACAUCCCUGGCCCAGCCUGCUGAUUGCCAGCCGUCACCCCAGAACCCAGACCUCCCUCCCCCAUUUCCUAACCUGCCUGUAGGGGUCGCGCUGCUUCCCUGUUGAAAACCACCGAGCAGGACCCUCCUCUUUUGGUCAUCUCCGGUCUUUUUUUCUUUUUCUAUCCAAUAGUAGGCGUUUUCACAGCUGCACCUUAGGUUUCUGGUGUUGGGAUUGAGUGCAAGCGCCCUCAUUCAGGCUGCCUACAAUCCCGGUCCCUGCCCGGGCCAGCCUGCUGACGCUUCACCCGAAUUCCUGAGUGUCCCUAAUUUGAGAACAGUGUUAGACCCUGGCUGUGCCACCCCCUCACCCCCAAUAAACCCUGUAUUUCAUUCUCUACGCAUCAGUUAGGACCUCACUUCCAGUUUGGGGGUGGGAAGGGGAGAGAUGCAAGGGCCUUAAUGCCCCGUAGGUAGGAGCACAUCCAAAGCCGCUAAUUGGGCAGCCUGGCAGGAGGAGUCUGGAGAAAACCAGAGAUACAGUACAGAAAGGAAGUGAUAUUUAUUAACAGAGUUUUUAUUUUUGGCAAUAAAGAGCACAACAUAAUCUCCUUCAUGCGUCAUCGUGCCACCAGCUGAGCCAGCCAGCCCCGCCCACCUCCCCGGGCCUUGGCCUCGCUCUGGU